AUGGAGGUCUUUUCGGGGCUAAUGGGAUUGAUGGUUGCUGAACAGGACUUUAAAUACCACUGGAGAUGUGAGAAGGAGAAGAUCACCCACUUAUGUUUUGCUGAUGAUCUUAUGGUCUUUUGUAGAGCUGAGGUUGGUUCUGUCUCGAUCAUUGGGGAAUGCCUUAAUCGAUUCAAAACUCUUUCUAGACUUAUUCCUAAUCCAGAUAAGAGUAAUUUAUUUGCCAGUGGUGUUUCUACAUAUCUUAAGGAUCAGUUGCUUGAUAUUUUGGGAUAUAAGGAGGGCGUGCUACCGGUACGUUAUCUUGGUGUUCCGUUAAUCUCUACCAAAUUGAGGGCUUUGGAUUGUAAGAUGCUGGUGGACCGUAUUAUAGCUAGGGCUAAGAGUUGGACCUGUCGAGCGCUCUCCUAUGCAGGGAGGUUACAACUUAUUAAGUCAAUGUUAUUUUCUAUUCAAGUCUACUGGUCUUCUGUAUUUCUUUUACCUAAGGCUGUGAUCAAACAAGUGGAAAAUUCAUUGCGGGCCUUCUUGUGGAAGGGUAGUGACCUUGGCGCCGGUGGGUCUAAAGUGGCUUGGGCAAAAAUCUGUAUGCCUAAAGAGGAGGGUGGUUUGGGUCUGCGGGGCUUGGAGAUUUGGAAUAAGGCUACCAUGUUAAAGCAUCUUUGGUCCCUUUGUUCGGAUUGUGCCUCCUCUCUUUGGGUUUCGUGGACACGUUGUUAUUUACUUAGAGGACGGAGCAUUUGGGAAUUGAAGUGUCAUGGGAUUGUUCUUGGAGUUGGAGGAAAAUUCUUGGACUCCGGGAUAUAG